AUGGCAGAUCCACCACCAACUGCAGAAGUGUCUACUGGCACAGUGGUGCACUGCCUGCAGUACGUCGCGGGCCUCCAGAACAUUCUGCUGUCCGUGUUCUUCGACCUGUUCGUGCUGUGGCUGCAUUUGCUGCUGUGCGCCCAGCUGCGCUACCUCGCCGAGAACCUGCGCCGCCUUCGCCGGGUUACAGACACGGACGAGCACAAGAAACUACUGUUUGCCUGUGUCGCGCAUCACAGAGACCUCCUCAGCACAAUCCAAGAGCUCAAUUCAUGCGCAGGUCCCAGCUUCUUCCUCCAGUGCUUCGAGAAUACAAUCCGCAUGUGCAUGAUUGCUUUCAUGGCCACAACAACAGUCGCUGACCAGAUGCAGGUGUGGAGUUCGGCGCAGUUCUUCCUUGCAGCCGUGGGCCAGCUCUUCCUGUACUGCUGGUGUGGCCAGCAGAUCUCACAUCUGGCAAAGAGCAUAUCAGAUGCAGCUUAUGACAGUGGCUGGCAAGAGCAUGAUGUUUCAACACAGAAGAAUGUAGCGUUCAUCAUGCAGCGUGCCCAGAAAACAGUUGUCUUCAAAGGCGGCUGGUUCUACACACUAACCACAGAAACCUUUGUGGAGCUCCUCCGCCUGUCAUUUUCCUACUACACUGUGCUUCGAAAUAUCAAUGACAGAUAAGAGAAGCCACAGAACAUGGAUUGGAUGAUCUGAUAGCCAAGCGCCCUCUUCUUAUGAUUAUACCAUCUUUCAAGAGGAUAGCAGUCAGUAAGAAAACUUGGUUCCAUUAUUGGGAACUUCAGAGUGACAGUUUACACCAUGCUUUUAGUUAAAACAGAUUAUUGAUGAUAGAAAUUCAAAAAUGUUUA